ACUUCUAGUGACAAGAGAUGUUUCAGCAAGACGAACAAAUUCUUCCCGGAAAUCACCCAAACGGCGAAACGUGUUGUGGACACAGCGAAAAUACUCAACAUUCCAAUCAUUGUUACGGAGCACUAUCCGAAAGGCCUUGGACCUACAGUGCCAGAACUGGGACUUGAUAAAGAUGUGCCUCGAUACCCGAAAACUCAAUUUUCCAUGUGUGUGCCAGAGGUCAUGCCAUUCCUGGAAAACAAAAACAGCGUGAUUCUUGUCGGAAUAGAAGCCCACGUGUGUAUUCUCCAUACAACAUAUGCACUCAUUGAACGAGGCAUAGAUGUGCAUGUUGUGGUGGACGCUGUUACUGCUAGAACACUUGUGGACAGAAAGUUUGCUUUCAAACAGCUUGAACGAGCUGGUGCUAUCCUGACCACGUCGGAAUGUGUGAUAUUGAGUUUACUGAAAGAUGCAGCUCAUCCAAAAUUCAAGGAAAUUCAAAAGCUUGUGAUGACUGAGGCUCCUGAUUCAGCUCUAAUGGACGUGUAG